GCACACAGCUGGGCCGAUGCCAUGGUUACUGACAACGCAGCUCAGAGAGGCUGGAGAUGUGUGACUAGGUAACCCUGCCCUGCUCAGGGCAACAACACUGAGUUCUAGAGGCGCACGAUCACACGCUGCGUGCACGCGCGCACACCUUGAGUGUUUCAAAGGGAUCCCGUGUUUAUGCAGUGUUUACCAAAUGAACCUAAAGUGGUUUCAUUUUAGAUUUGAGUGGAUCUGAGCCCGUGAUGGGGGAAUCAAAACGUGUUCAUAUAUGUAUUUAAGCGAAAAGCUAAAUAACGUUAUAGAAAAGAAAAUCAUAAAUGUAUAAAAAGUUAAAUUAAAGUAUACAGGGGUUUUUAUUCCCUACUAGUCUUUGACUGUUGUGAUUUAUUCUAUGUUUAAAGUCAUAUUAGUUAUAUUAUUAUAUACCACCGCCUUUCCGGACGGUUACAAAGAAAGGCUCGAGUUGCAAAGUUAAUGAGCUAAAAUAUAAAAAGUAUGCUGGAUAAUGUGUAUCAGUCUCUCUCUCCUCACGCCUGUGCUUUUUUCAGCCCGCCACAUUUUGCCCAUGAAUCACGUUUCAGCAACCAGGUCGUAAAUGUUUGGACUACAUCACUACAGGAACAGCGACGCUAUAGCUGCUAUUACACACAGAAGGUCUAAUUACCGGACUUUGUGCUGGUGCAGGCUACACGUGAGUCGGAAGCUGUUCCCUACCGGAGGCGCGCGUGCGCUCUAACCACAACACCGACGGCUUUGCGAAGUGGCAGCUCAGGGAACUCCAGACAUCAGUGUGAAGCUCAGCUCCACCGGAGGACACGCACUGUGCAUCAUCUCCCUCAGCCGUCCGUCCGUCUGUGGGUCGCGGAAUAACAAACAUUCCCCAAAGAGGCCGAGGAAAGGAUAAGCACAGACAGAAGUGAUGGAUGAAAGAAUACCGCAUUUACAGGACAGACAGUUCAUGGAGCACGCGGAUUUCUUGGGGGUGGAUUAUCCCUCUCUGUACAUGUGCAAAUCCAAAAGAGGAAUAAAACGAGAGGAUGGUGGCAAGGACGCGUACAAGUUACCUCACCGGUUGAUAGAGAAGAAGAGGAGAGACAGGAUCAAUGAAUGUAUCGGACAGCUGAAGGACUUGUUACCCGAACAUCUGAAGCUUUCGACGCUCGGGCAUUUGGAGAAAGCAGUUGUCCUGGAGUUAACACUGAAACAUCUGAACGCACUGACUGCUGUCACCGAGCAGCAGCACCAGAAGAUAAUCGCUCUGCAGAAUGGGGACCGGUCGAUGAAAUCUUCCAUUCAUGCAGAUCUGGACGCGUUCCACUCCGGGUUCCAGGCCUGUGCCAAAGAGGUCCUGCAGUACCUCAGUCAAUUUGAAAACUGGACGACAAGAGAGCAGAGGUGCGCGCAACUCAUCGGCCACCUUCACAAGGUGCUGGCGCAGUUCCAACCUGGCGCGUCACCGCUCCAGCACCAGCUCCCCGCUGGGGACUCUCAGGACGGACAGAAAUCAGACAGCCAAGCGAACUGCGUCCCGGUUAUCCAGAGGACCCAGGGAGGGGAACUUAACGAGAAUGACACAGACACGGACAGUGGAUACGGAGGGGAGGCAGAAAAGAGUGAGGCUAAAGACAAAGAAUGUGAGCGCAACAAGGCACAGCAGGGACACAAAGCGGUGAAGAUCAAGCAGGAAUUUGGAGACGAUCGCGCUGCCAAGAAACCAAAGAUGAACUGGCCUGGGAAUGGGAUAGCCGGUACGGACCCCACCAGACCUGACCUGGCGUUUAUGAACUCACUGAUGGGAAUAAGCGGUGUGGGACAGCAGACACCUAUUUGCAUGCCUUUCUACUUCAUAAACCCCUCGGCUGCGGCAUCGUAUAUGCCUUUUUUCGACAAAAGCAACAUUGAGAAGUACAUGUACCCUGCGGCUGCUGCUCUCGCCUCCCCUUUCCCUUGGCUUUACCCAGCACACGCGUCAGCAGCGGCGGCCGCGGCUGCUGCUGCUGCUUUCCCCGGUCUGUCUGCGCACUUUGGAGCCUCCCCUCAAUCCAAGGACUCCCACUCUCCAGACAGUGACGAGUCACGCGACGCUGAGACAGGCUCACCUGAGGAGCGCGAGGAAAGUCCCGCGAGUGAAGACGGGGAAGAUGACGUAGACACGUAUCAGGAGAGCAACAGCAGCCCACGUGAUCAGCUUUCUGCUUCUUCGACGAGCUAAUUUGUCUGUGGUACUUUUCUGUUCGUUCAGCCGAGGAGUUCAUGUGUUUUAUUUUUUUAAAUUAGGCUUAACGAGGUCAAUGAGGAGUUUCUCAUGUACAAAAUCUUGGCGAAGGGGACAGUUGUGACUGCGUGUGCCUUUUGCACUUACGCUAGUUUAUUCAAGCUUAAUGAUUAUCGACAGUGAUUGACAUCAACACACAGCUGUGUCGUGCCGGGAAAAGUUUUUUAUCCUCUUUGAUAAAAAUAUUUUGAAAUGGCAACAUUGGUGCCAAAAACUUUGAGAACUAUAACAGUUUCCCAAUCAGCAAACCUCUUUGGAUGUAUGUCGUUGCAACUGACCUCAGCCAAUGUUGUUAAAAGCCUGGCUAACUCUGUAAAUAUACAGACUGAUUCAUGAACAUGUAAAUGUGCACUAACUGGGCCUUUAAAAGAAGUGCAACGCCCACAGUACCUCAUCCCUAUAGGGAGGCACAUUACUGUCCCUCCUGAGAAGAAAUGAAUUGUAUCCCCCGCCAAAACACACACACACACACACACACACACACACACACACACACACACACACACACACACACACACACACACACACACACACACUUUUACCAUAACGCAUUUAUGACUAAGAAAGUAUGAAAGAGGUACUUUCCUGUUGCCUGAUUUAAUCUGGUUCCCUUUACUCGUUCAGUCAUGUUUGGAAGUGGAAAACAAUCAUUGAAGUUAUCUGGAAUAAUAGAAAGUAGAAACCCUGCAUUGAAAAGGGGCUGCUUGACCAGCACAGUGUGUCCCCUGAAUGCAGCAUUCAGCACAGAGGUGAAGUGACCUGAGACUCCUGUACCUCCAGGAAAAAAAGCAUUGUAGGAUAGCACCUUACAGAUCUUUGAUAUUGAAUGUACCUGUAUUUUCCCAGCUAUUAAAGUUUGUAUGUAGGAUGAUCUUUACUCUUUGAGACGUAAAGUGCACUUUUUUCUGCUUCCCCCCCCCCAACUAUCACUUUGUCCUUUAAAUAAGUCAUUCACUGUAGUUCUCUUUGAACCUUUUUUGUUGUGUUCAGUUGUCUUGGAAUAAGAAUAUGAUUUCAUUUCAACAGAGAAAGCAGAGAUACCACAUGCUUUGUGAGUAAAGCGGUACUCGAGUAAAUGUCCAUAUUAACAAAACACUGCAUAUUCCAGAUCUUUCAAAGAAAAAUGUUGCAAAUCCUUAUCAGAUUUGACAACCUCGCCGAACUGUCCCUCAUUCUGUUAUGUAAAACCUCACUUUGAACUUUGACAAUGGUGGGAAAGAAGCUGUGGUCAUGUGACCAUCAGACUAUUAAUAUUGCCGUUUUAGGACCUCUAACUUUUUAUCUCAGCCUGUUUUCUGAGAGACUAAUUCCUGCAAGUGUCGUGUUGUUCAGCUUUUACAUGUGACUGACUAAACAGAUGGUUUUCAUUGUAUUUUGCAUACAUGACAUUGCUUUUGUAGAUUUCUUCUGCUGGUUUUUGCCUCAAAUUCGUUUUCAACUGUGCUAUGAAGUGGCAUGUGCGUCUGUAUAUAGGUUUUUUGUGAAUAUACCAUAAAGAAUACAUGUCUAUGUCAAUGCUGUAGAAGUCUAAGGAUUUUUUUAAAGUUUUAACUGAGCAACUGUUGCACAUUUCGUUAAUGCUUUACACUAUGCUGUUCUAAAUUAUUGCUGAUGAGUUGUAAAAUAAAUAUCAAAACUAAA